AAGAAGUUACAACAAAACUCGUCUCGUCCAUGCAAAAAACCAAGGCCGGAAUAGUCCCAUCUCCGGCCGGCCAACCGGUCAUUUAGGCAAUGGCGACAGAUCCCUCCCCACCAACAGUAAAUUCAACGGCGGCACCGCCUGUAGCAGCACUUCUAACAGCAAUCCUCCUUGUUUUCUUUUUACUAGGUUUCCUCUCUGUAUACCUCUGCAGGUGUUUCAUUCAAAACGUUACCGGCACAUUGCAACUCCAAGGAACACCCUCUGGCAAUGUCAUUGGCGCAGCUGCUAAAACUGGCCUUGAUCCUUCUUUAAUACAGUCAUUUCCAACGUUUUUAUAUUCAAGUGUCAAAGAUUUCCACAAAGAGGAGUACGGUCUAGAAUGUGCAAUUUGCUUGUUGGAGUUUGAGGAUGAUAGUUUGCUUCGCCUUUUGGCGGUUUGUUACCAUGUUUUUCAUCAAGAAUGCAUCGACCUUUGGCUUGAAUCUCACAAAACGUGCCCGGUUUGUCGUAGGGACCUUGAUUUGCCACCGGACUCAUUAGAUAAAUAUUCUAAGGAGCUCAUUUAUAACCUCAAUCACAUGCAUGAUAGUCAUCAUGAAAAUAAUAAUCAGUCAUUAGAAGAUGUUGUACGCGUUGAUAUCAAAGAAGAUGAACAUGGAGGAGAAAGCCAAGAUGAACAUGCUUUACAGAGGAAACGAAUGGAUGAAGAUAAAAAAGUGGAAAUAAUUGCAAGGUCACACACAACGGGGCAUUCUAUGGUUAGAACAAGAGAAGGGCAGGAUAGCGUGGAUAGGUAUACACUGAGAUUGCCAGAGCAUGUAAAGAUAAGAAUUAUAAGAGGAGACAACUGCACAAAAAGUUGUACAACAUUUGGGGAAUUCUCAAAACAUACAACAACAAACAAUGGAUUCCUUGCCGAGGUGUAGGAGUCUGGGGAAAACUUCAACAAAGUUUAAUUUUUUGUA